AUGAGGCCGUCAGGCUUACUCCGCCUGUUGGCCAUUUUUUUUACCCUGAUGGCCACGUGGUUCUUUACCCACACCUAUUUCAAGAGAACGGGUAAGACCAUCAACAUUCGAGGCUUGCUGGAUUUUUCCUCAAAGACAACCAGUGAGAAGCAUUCAAGAAAUAAAUGUGACAAUGGCAAGAAAUGCCCACAGGAUUUCUUUGCCUUUAAGAUCACAAGUGGAGCUGCCAAUGUUGUGGGACCCUCCAUAUGUUUUGAAGACAGCAUACUCAUGAGUGGCGUGAAAAAUAACGUUGGCAGAGGACUCAACAUUGCACUGGUGGAUGGAGUAACAGGAGCUCUCAAGAAACACAAAUACUUCGAUAUGUACUCAGGAGAUAUUAACACUUUACUGACAUUCCUAAAAGAAAUUCCAGAGAACACCCUAGUACUGGUGGCCUCAUUUGAUGACCCAGGCUCAAAAUUGAACCCAGAAGCUCGAAAAUUACUCACCAACUUAGGAAGUACCCAUGCAGAAAACAUUGGUUUCCGUGACAGCUGGGUCUUCUUAGGUGCCAAAGACAUCAAGGGAAAAAGUCCCUUUGAAGAGUUCUUAAAGAACACGCCAGAUCAGAACAAAUAUGAGGGCUGGCCGGAAGCAUUGAGGAUUGAAGGCUGCAUCCCCCGGAAGGUGCUAUAG